CCCAUCUCUAUAAAUAAAGCAACAUAUUAUUCGUGGUGUGCGUGUGAGAUAAGGUUUUGGCAAAUGCUGUUUAGCUUAUCAGGACAACUGAUAUUGUUGUGUGUAUAUAUCUAUAUAUAUACAUAUAUAAAUUACACAUAUAUAAACACAUGUAUUUGAAUAUUUAGGUGUUGCAUUCAUCUGCAUCAUGGUUUAACGGGAUUGCCUAACCGCACUCCAAUAGGGCCAGAACACAUUCUGUCAUAAUUACCUAACAGAGGAGCAAAAUUUAAAGAUCAUAUUUACAUGAAAAGAAGAAAAGAAAAAUUAAAUUAAAAAAUUCAAAGAUCAAAACCACACUAACCAAAUUUGGAGCAAAGUUAUUUCAUUUAUGAUAUAUGAAGAGGUCACAUCCAAAGUCAAUGGUAUGAGAGAUCAAUUAACAGGCUUGUUCCUUAAUCUAACCGGCUCAAAAUGACAGAGUCAAAUUUUACUGGACCGCAUUGAAAGUGAACACAUUAAUACACAAUCUUGCGUAAAGUGGCCCAUGGGCUCAACAUAGAUUGGAAAGUUCUCAUUUUUGGACUCAAUUACCUCAGAUUGGCCCAAUGUAGGUCACACCCAGAGUCAGUGUAGGUCAUACCCAGGAAAUGUUCUUGGUGCACGUGGAAGGGGGGACUGCAGGUGAUAGAUUAUGGCAUGCUCUAAGAUGCCUGACACCAUUAUUGUCCACCGAAAAAAAAAAAAAAGAAAGAAAGAAGGGAGGAGGAGGAGAGAUCGAUUAACAGGAUUUGGGCCAAAAUCAGAAUUAGUCCAAUUGUACAGGACCUCAUUGAAAAUCUGGACUCACAAAUGAAGAAUCCCGCCUAAAGCGGCCUACGGGCUCCAUACAGAUUGGAAAGUGAUUGUGUUUGGGCUCGUUUACUUCAAUUAUUAUUAUAAAAGGGGUAAAAGUGCAAAACUAGCUAAUCUCAGUUACUCGUAUGCAAUGAAAGUAGAUAUAAAAUCGUAAUCUGCUCUUCUUCGUUCACCUUCUGGACAUCUAGGGUUUGAGCUUGUUCAACUGGUGCUCACUGCACAGCGAACCUCACCGCAGUCAAAAUGGGUCGCAUGCAUAGUCGAGGUAAGGGUAUAUCAGCUUCAGCUCUUCCAUACAAGAGGACUCCACCAAGUUGGCUGAAGGUCUCUGCUCCGGAUGUUGAGGAGAACAUCUGCAAGUUCGCGAAGAAAGGUAUGACACCUUCUCAAAUUGGUGUUAUUCUUCGUGAUUCUCAUGGGAUUGCUCAGGUGGGGAGCGUCACUGGAAGCAAGAUAUUGCUGAUACUCAAGGCCCAUGGGCUUGGUCCUGAAAUACCUGAGGAUCUAUACCAUCUAAUUAAGAAAGCUGUUGCAAUUCGGAAGCAUCUGGAGAGGAACAGAAAGGAUAAGGAUUCCAAGUUUAGGUUGAUCCUUGUUGAGAGCAGGAUUCACCGACUUGCUCGAUACUACAAAAAGACAAAAAAGCUUUUGCCUGUUUGGAAAUAUGAAUCUACCACAGCUAGCACUCUUGUGGCCUAAAGAAGAUAUACGAGUGGUAAACAUCUACUGAGCGUUCUCAUGGUUGAGCAGAUUUGUAGUUUCUCUCUUCGGCUCUAUGUUUACUGAACUAUGAUGCUAUCAUGAAGACGAAAGUUUUGUUGUUUAAGGAAGAGGAGGAAAUAUUUGGUGUUUUGAAUUAUAAUUUUGAAUUUGAUGGCAAUGAUUUGAUAAAUUGUAAGACACUCCAAAAAAUUGAAGAUUAUUAUUGCUCUCUCUCCCUGUUAGUAUAUUCAGUACAAGCAAACUUCAAGAUGCAGGAGGAACUCUAUAGUUAAUGAAUGGAAUUUUUUCAUGUUUUUCAGCUUGUAUGGUGGUGAAUCACGCAAUGUGCUUGUUGUGAUGAGUUAUAAGGGUUAUACAGGACCUUAAAUGAUUUAGAAUGGGAGACUGGCCUCUUUGCUUCUGA